CUCGCUCGUCUCCCUCCUCCUCCUGCCACUGCUGCUGCUCUUCCCUCCCACACGGACCCCAGUGCUGGCCAUGGACCGGUCAGCCUUCUUCCUCAGCCUCCUCAGCUUGCUGGUGUGCCUCCUCCCCAUCCUCCAGGCAUGCCCCUCGAACUGCCACUGCCACGGGGGAGAGCUCCAGCACGUCAUCUGCGACAACGUCGGGCUGAGGAAGAUCCCCAAGGUGUCCGAGCAAACACGGCUCCUCAACCUGCAGAGGAACAACUUCCCCGUCCUGCCGACCAACGCCUUCAGGGAGAUGAAAGGGCUUGUGUCCCUCCACCUCCAGCAUUCCCAGAUCAAGGAGAUCUCCAGCGGCGCCUUCCGGGGGCUGAAGCAGCUCGUCUACCUUUACCUGUCCAAUAACGAUAUCAGCGUCAUCAAGAUGGGCGCCUUCGACGACCUGUCGGAGCUCACUUACCUAUACAUGGACCACAACAAGAUCUCGGACCUGCCCAAGGGGCUCCUCUCCCCGCUCAUUAACCUCUUCAUCCUGCAGCUGGGCAGCAACAAGAUCCGAGAGCUGAGAUCGGGGGCCUUCAGCGGUGCUAAGGACCUGCGCUGGCUCUACCUCUCUGACAACUCCCUCUCCUCUGUCCAGCCCGGGGCCCUGGACGACGUGGAAAACCUCGCUGUCUUCCAUUUGGAUAAGAACCAGCUAAGCACUUACCCAGUGGCUGCCAUGAGCAAGCUGAGGGUAGUGGAGGACCUGAAGCUUUCUCACAACCCCAUGAAGGUUAUUCCUGACUAUGCCUUCCAGUCCUUCGGGCGCUACAUGGAGACACUCAGUCUGGACAACAUGGGCCUGGAAAAGUUUUCAGAUAAAGCAUUUGCUGGAGUGACCACACUGAAGACUGUUCACAUCGAGAACAACAGACUUAACCAGCUACCUGGGAACUUCCCGUUCAGCAGCCUGGAGAACCUCACCCUGUCCAACAACCCUUGGCUCUGCUCCUGUCAGCUAGCAGCUCUGCGCAAGUGGUUGGAGUCCAGCCGCUCCCGCCCGGAUGCGGUUUGUGCCUCACCAUCUCAGUACCGAGGGCAGCAGAUAAGAGACACCGCCGCGCUCCGCAGCUGCAAACUCCCCACCAGGAGGCCCAGGAAAGGAAACCGCCAUUAAACAGGCCCUGGUAUGGCUUGUCCAGGUGACUGGCCGCUUCAACCAAUCAGAAAACUACUGACUCCAUCCAAGUCCACCCGUAAGCUUCUACCAUCUGUCAAGAGACAUUUCUGAUGUAUCUGAUCACCUCCAGCCUCCUCACAAUCCUCGCCUAUCUGCUGACUGCAGGAUGGAAUCCAACUUUUCAAUCUUUUCCAACGUCUAUGUAUUUUAAAAGAGGCAUUUUUUUUAAACUAAACUAUGCAUGACAAUGCUAACACAAGCUAACCUAGAUCCUGCCAGUAAAACACAGUCAUCUUCCCAGA